GGGAUUGGGUUGACAUAUUAAAACAGGACAAGUAAAUGUGUCUUUUCAGCUAUUCAGCCUAUUUUUAUGACUUUAUAAUUUACUAAUUUUUCUUAACACUGUACUGGUUUAAAUUCAACCUCUCCCAGUAGAGCAGCAUUCCUUCUAAGCCUGCAAGAAUUUCUCCAGCUCUAAAGGAUGAGCAUAACUUCUCUGUUAAUGUCAAAGUGGCAUUACUCUAAAUUUCUGGUUCUGCUGGCAUUUCUGUUGUUGAACACAAGAGCUAGUACGAGUUUAGCCUAUGAUAGACGUGAGGUAAUAAAGGCAAAUCACGGUGCUGUUGCCACAGACGAUGGCCGAUGCUCCAGGAUUGGAAGAGAUGUUCUGCGAGAAGGCGGCCAUGCUGUGGAUGCAGCAGUGGCUGCUGCAUUUUGCUUGGGAGUUGUCAGUCCAGCGUCUAGUGGCACCGGCGGAGGUGCAUUCAUGCUAAUAAGCUCAGAAAAUGGGACUGCACAAGCCUUUGAUAUGAGGGAAACUGCUCCCAAGAAAGCCUCUAAGAAUAUGUACGCGCAAAAUGCGGCUCUAAAAUCUAGCGGAGUUCUUUCAAUAGCAGUUCCAGGAGAAAUUGCUGGCCUUUACAAAGCAUGGAAACAAUACGGAAAGCUUCCAUGGAGAAGGCUUGUGAGGCCAGCUGCACAUCUAGCUCGUUACGGAUUCAAGAUUUCACCGUAUCUUCACAUGCAAAUGCUCAGAAGUGAAUCAGAUAUAAUGGCCGAUAAGGGACUUCGCAACUUGUUCACAUCAAAUGGUAGCCUUUUGCAGAUAGGAGAAGCCUGUUAUAACAAACAGUUAGCAAAAACACUUAGAGCAAUUUCUGCAUAUGGAACUAAACCAUUUUACAAUGGAUCGAUUGGUGUCAAAUUGAUCAAAGAUAUAAGAAAAUCCGGAGGCAUAUUGACAAUGGAAGAUUUGCAGCAAUAUCAAGUUAGAAUAAGAGAACCUAUCGCUGCAGAUGUAAUGGGAUUUAAAAUACUUGGUAUGCCACCUCCUUCAGCAGGAGGCGCUGCAAUGGUGCUAAUACUGAAUAUUCUUGCACAAUAUGGAGUUCCAAUGGAAGGUCCGAGCUCCCUUCUUAUUCAUCGACAAAUUGAAGCCCUGAAACAUGCAUUUGCAUUGAAGAUGAACCUUGGUGAUCCAGAUUUCGUCGACGUUAAAAAAGUCAUAAAUGAUAUGCUGUCAACUAAAUUUGCAAAACAGUUGAAGAAGACCAUAUAUGACAACAUGACUUUCAAUUCCAAUCACUAUGGUGGAAAGUGGAAUCAGAUCAAUGAUCAUGGUACCAGCCACAUGUCCAUUGUGGACAGUGAACGAAAUGCUGUUUCAAUGACAAGCACCGUGAAUGCUUACUUUGGUGCUAAGUAUCUUUCACCAAGUACAGGGAUAGUUCUUAACAAUGAAAUGGAUGACUUCUCGGUUCCUGCAAAACGUUCCGAAAAUGUUCCACCACCAGCACCUGCUAAUUUUAUCCAUCCAGGCAAAAGGCCAUUGUCAUCAAUGACACCUUCUAUUAUUCUCAAGGGUGGACAACUGAGAGCUGUUGUUGGUGCAAGUGGAGGAGCAAUGAUAAUUGCUGGUACAACUGAGAUUUUUCUGAAUCAUUUUGCAAGGGGAAUGGAUCCAUUUUCUUCUGUAAUGGCUCCAAGAUAUUACCAUCAGCUGAUUCCAAAUGUUCUACAAUACGAGAACUGGACAGUCGUGACAGGUGAUCACAUAGAACUUCCAGCAAAAACAAGGGCUGCCUUGCAAAAGAAGGGACAUGUCCUGCAGAGUAUUGCUGGAGGGACAAUUUGCCAAUUUGUUGUUCAAGAAUUCAAGUCAUUAAAGUUGGGGGAGCUUGUAGCUGUAAGUGAUCCGAGGAAGGGCGGAUUUCCUGCUGGCUUUUAGACGUGCAACGUCUAACAAGGAGUCGUCGACGCACAAGGCCCCUAUAUAGGAAAGCCAUAUAUGAUCAACUACAUCUGAUCAUGUGUGAUUUUUCUUUUCUUGAUGUUUUGGAGAGCUCAUUGAGACAUAUACAACUACAACUACCAUUUGGGUAACCAAAGAUCAAAUCAUAGCUAGAAGCAGGGCCGGAGCUACAACCGCGUAUAGCGGUUAGUUAAACACUCAUUCGCCAGAACAGUAUACUGUGUAUAUCGGCCAAAUAUUGCUUUUUAUUCACAUUUUAAAUGUUGGACACCGUUGAAAACUCUGGAGCCAAAUUUUCCUGGCUUCGCCACUUAUUUGAAAUUGCCUAAUAAGGACUAA